AUGUCUUCGGGUUUCGUUUUCUCAAAAAUUUAUGGGAAAUUAUGGGGCAUCUUAUUCGCAUCUCUUUCGUCAUUCGUUGGAUAUCUAAUUGGUUCCUCUAUAUGCUUUAUAAUAUCCAAAUACUUGCUUUAUAAUGGUGUAAAACGUAUUUUUUGUUCAAAUAAAUAUUAUAACUCAAUCAAUCGCACUGCUGAUAAUAUGGGUUUACGAGUAGUUGCAAUGCUUAGGAUAUCACCACUUUUGCCACAUGCAAUGAUCAGUUACAUACUUGGAACCACUGAUGUAACAUUUUUCUGCUUUUCUGUCGGUAAUUUCGCUGCCUAUCCCGGUAUAUUUGUACUUUCCUAUAUUGGGUCCAUUUUGGGCUAUGUAGUGACUGAUAUGUCUUUCUUUUUAAAUGCUGAAAGCGUAAUUCUAACUAUAUUGGGGAUCUCAUUGUCUGCAGCCGGUAUCAUCUACACCUACAAUCUGGUCAAGAAUAAUAUACAAGUCUAG